AACGCUCUCGUUUGUAUUCACACGAAUUGGAUUGUGUAAAACACGCGGCCGUGUUUACCUCUUCGAUAGUUUUGCAAAGUCGGGCGAGUGUCACGCGCUCGCGAGUCACGCGACUUUUCCUGCUACAAGAGUUUUACCAUAGGCAACCUAAUAAACAACAGCAUGAUGAUACAUAAUGUCAAAAAGACAAUUUCAAAAGUUAUCAACUUUAUCGCAUGUUAUAAAUGCCUAUUAAAACUGUAAAUGGUCAAGAUUUUUACAAUUAUGAGAUAAAAGAUGCCCGAAUACUCGAACAGGAUGCCCAUAGGAAUCGCGAUUCGAAAGGUCUCUCGAAUCGCAUCAAAGAAGAUUAUGAUACAGUUCGGCAACGCAAGAAACUGGGCAAAUGUAAAAGAUUUCAGGAGUGGUUGGCGGCCGGAUGCUUAUCAUUCAAUGCACAAGGUACCCACAUCAAUGCCUAAAGAGUUAAGAGACAACAUUGAUCUCAACAGAGAGACAUUGUGCAUGUUUUGUGCUGGUGCAACGUCCUAUGAUGAGAGGAAAAUUGGAAAAGUUACGUUUUACCCGGAACCGUGUUAUAAUGAUUCUUCGUUUCCAUUUUCUCAGGGACCAAUUGAUGCAAAUCCGACAAUUGCAAUUCAAUUGAAACAAAUACAACCUGGAUACGUUGUUGAAUUAUCUUGUCAAUUAUUUGGGUCGCAGGCUGAAGACGACGAGAAACCUUCACCUGAAGACAAGCAAGAAGAAAAAGACCAUGCAGAUGAAAACCCAGUUGAUCCAAACUCUCAGGAACAAAUUCCAAGUGGAUCUCAACCGAAACCCAAUCAAUCUGAUGAUUUAUCACGAGAGAAUUCCAAACAAAAGCAACCGCUCCGUGGGCAAGUUGAACAGUUCAGACCACAUCGGAUAAGUGUCGCAGAAGAACAACAGCCGCAAGAAGAUGAUGAAAAUUUGGCGUUGCUCAAAGGCGUGCCACAAUCGCAUAAACCAGAAGCUUCUGCGUAUACCAAACUGGUGGAUGCUGAUUCUGUGAUAGAUGUGGAAGGUACUUCCGGUUUGGAUUUGAUUGCAUCGGACUCGUCCGGGAUUCCCCGCACACCGAGCUUAGAAAAGAAGCAGCCGCCUGCACGCGGGCAGUGUUGGAGCAAGUUUAAGAAGUAUGUUUACAACAAUGAAAACAAUGCCUAUUGUAACAGAAGUAUUUCUAAUUGGUGUGCGAUAUGUACAUAUUACUUCUGGAUUAUUAUUAUUUUCUUGGCUGUGUUCAUGCUUUAUAUUUUGACAUUCAUAUGGCGAGACAGUGAGAAUAAGUCGCCUGCUCUUUUGAAGAUUACCAUUAUGCCCGAUCCGAAUCCUGCUUUAGCGAUUGUUCCAUUGGAUACCAAAAACGGUGACAUGUUACUUUGGUACAAGUCUACAGGUCCAGGCAAUUACCGAAAACCGCAGGAUAGUAUUAAUGAUAUAACAGGAUUCCUUGCAAAACAAGAAUUGACUUGUCACCAACAGAAACUGCUUCAAAAGCCAUGUCCCUUUGAACGGGCUGAAUUUGGACCAUGUGCUUACAAGGAUUAUGGUUAUGAUAAGAAUAAGCCAUGCAUAUUUUUAAAAUUGAAUAAUCUAUUCACAUGGAUGCCUGCGCCCAUCCCAAAAAAUACCGAAUUUGGGCCGGAAAUUUCAAAGAAAUUAGUGAAGAAAAUUCUUAACGAGACUCCAAGCCAUAACGUUUAUGUGGAUUGCCGCGGAGAAACUCUUUAUGAUCAACAAUACCUUGGAAAUAUUAAAUAUUAUCCCGAACAAGCCUUCGAUGUUAAACAUUUUCCCGCCACAAAAGAAACAAAAACGAAUCCAUUGGUUGCCAUUAAACUGAAUAACAUCCAAGCUGGACAUGUCAUUCAAAUCCAUUGCACCCUACUCGCAGGGAACAUCAAGGACAAAGCUAAUUCCAAUAUUAAACUCACAGUUUAUAUCGAGUGAGAUACAUUUGUUCUUAUUUAAUAAUAAUCUGGUAGAUGAGUCAAUUUUUGCGUUUUGUCAUCUUGUACGAGCCGUGUCGAUAGACAUGAUGCUUCUGCAAUGGCUGAAAGCGCGUUGGCAAAUUGGCAGGAUGUCGUUGUUUAAGUAAGGCAUCAAUUUCAUGAGAAAAAUAAACGUUUGCGUCGUGAGUGGACGUGUGUGCCAUGGUCACGCAGUUUCUUCAA